CUCACCAAUUAUGCGAAUCUGCGGUCGCAUUUCAAGAUGGCGGCCAACGAUAAUGCGCACGAUGCGCCAACCGAUAAUAUACCCAAGAAUACAUCCGAAUUCCCUACAAAUACAGAGUCAACGGCAGAUUCAAACAACAAGGGACCAAAACGUCGCGACGAUCGAUACAAGCAGGCGGAUCGUAAGACCAACGCCAAUGGUCGUCGACGAGGUCAAGAUACCAAACGUAAAGGCGGUCCUGGGCGCGACGAUAGGGAUCGUCGAGGACCUUCAGAUCGACGCGCUCGCAACGAAAAAAGUUGGCAAGAAAAGCGUAGAAGGGUAGACGAGGAUGGGAAGUCCACCCCAGCUGGCGAACCGAGUUAUAUGAGCAUCCAAUUCCCCGAAGCAGAGAUUGCCGCCGAAGAACGCAGACCGAAGCGCAAAGUCGCUGUCAUGAUUGGAUAUGCGGGGACAGGAUACCAUGGCUUGCAAAUCAAUCAUAAGGAAAAGACAAUUGAGGGAGAUAUUUUUGCUGCGUUGGUUGCGGCUAAGGCUAUUUCGAAGGCCAAUGCUGAUGACCCGAGAAAAUCGAGCUUCGUGCGAUGUGCGAGAACUGACAAGGGUGUCCAUGCUGCUGGGAACAUGAUUUCGCUGAAGUUGAUCAUCGAGGAUCCGGAUGUGGUGAAAAAGAUCAACGAGAAUCUGCCCCCGCAGAUCCGUGUGUGGGGUAUCCAACGAACAAAUAAUGCCUUCAGCUGCUACCAAUCUUGCGACUCAAGAUGGUACGAGUAUCUGAUGCCGAGUUAUUGUUUAUUACCUCCCCACCCCGAGAGCUUUCUAGGCAAGAAAGUCCUAGAGUCUAUCAAGGAACACGGUGUCGAGGAAGAACACGCGAAGCGACUCAACGAAGUUAGGGACUAUUGGGAUGUGGUAUACAAGAAUGACAUACAACCCAUACUCGACAGCUUAGAACCCGGUAUCCGAGAGACCGUCAUACGACGUAUGCAUGUAGGAGAUGGCGAAUCAGACGAUGCAAACCCCACGGAGGAAACGAAGCCCGAACCUUCGAAUAAUCAAUCCACUGAUAAAGCAUCCGAAGCCAAUGAGGAGACCACGGAGAAAAAGGCAGAAGGCGAGUCGACGGAGACGUCCGGUUCUGCUCAAAAUGGUUCAACAGAGAAUUCGACCGUAGCAGCAGAGCUAGCAGCACCCUCAGAUGUCACUAUGACAGGAACUGAGGCUACGGACGAGUCUGGGGAGCCAAAAGUUAAGGAGAAGGAAAUACAUCCAGUUGACCUUGCCCUAAAACAAAUCAAAGCAGCCUACAUAGCCGCAAAGCGACGCUAUCGCGCUACCCCCGAACGAUUAUCACAACUACAAAAAGCUCUCAACCGAUACAUCGGCACCCGAAAUUACCACAACUAUACCGUUCAAAAGACACACUCUGACCCCUCCGCGAAGCGAACUAUUAAAUCCUUCAUCGUAAACCCCCAACCCGUCCAGAUCAACGAUACACAAUGGUUAUCUCUCAAAGUUCACGGCCAAUCCUUCAUGAUGCACCAAAUCCGUAAGAUGGUUGGCAUGGCUCUCCUUGUCACCCGUUGUGGUACCCCUCUUUCCCGUAUAGACGAGAGCUACGGUUCUACGCGUAUUAGUAUACCGAAGGCACCCAGUCUUGGCCUCUUACUCGAAAGACCUGUGUUUGGGAAUUAUAACAAUCGGGCUAGAGACCAGUAUAAACUAGAAGAACUAGAUUUCGGCAAUUAUGAGAAGGAGAUCCAGGAGUUUAAGGAUACGCAGAUUUAUCAGCGGAUCUUUGAGUUGGAGGAGAAGGAGAAUUCAUUCCACACAUUCUUCCACCAAAUCGAUAACUACAAGCUGGGAUACUUCCUCUGGGUCACAGCUGGAGGUCUCGCCGCGGCGGAGACGAGAGUAGGAGUUACGGAAUCUAUACCCAAGGAGCUUGAGGAGGAGCUAGGGGAUUAUGGUGAGGAGAAUCCGGAGGAAGGUGAAGGCUGAAUGCUUCGUCUAACAGUGACUUAGCUAUGUGCAGAUGCAAUUUCGGGUUCGAUCGAAGAGGCUCGCUAUUAUAUUGCAAAAUGCGUAUAUACUAGUAGAAAAAAAGCAUGGGCUGCACUCCAAAUCAAGGCCCACAGGCCGAUAAAUGCAUCUUUAAAAUAA